CUAACCAACUACACGCUGGAUGAGUGGCGACGUCUUACACUGCCAACGCAGAAGGAUAAUCGCGGUACCAGCACACACAGUAGCUGUGAAAUGUAUAAUGCAAAUUUUACGGAAAUCAUCGAUUGGCAGCAUUGGAAUAAAACCAAGUCAAAUGUAACAGCUUGCCAGAAUGGCUGGAGUUAUGAUCGAACGUGGUACGAUGACACCAUCCCGAGCAAGGAGAACUGGGUUUGCUCCAGAAGUUUGUAUGUAACGAACGCAUUUGUUGUGGGACGCGUGGCAGAAGGUGUCGGAUCAUUUGUGCUGGGACAAAUGGGUGACGUUUAUGGACGUCGCUUUGUUUACUACAUCAGCAUUGCGUUCUGUGCGCUGGGACGGUCAUUCUCCAUAUUAACAACCAACUUAUAUUGGGUGUUCCUAUUCUGCACGGGAUUAACUGGAUUCGCGGUGAAUAGUUUGUUUCAAUCGCCACAGAUUAUUGGCAUGGAAAUAUCAAGAGAGUAAGUGGAAUGCUGUAUAAAACAAUUAUCACCAAGCAAACUUUAUUGAACUCAUAAUGAAAAUGCUAAUGGAGUGUAAACAUACAUACAUGCAUACUAGGGCUGAUGAUUUCACCCAAGGCUUCGGCACGGGCGGAAUAUAUGCAUAUGUAUGUACAUUUACAUAAUUGGAGAAAGAGAUCGUAUAUUACUUAACAUGUUUUUCCUUAUUAUAGCUUGAAAAUAUAUACAUAUAUAUGUUUUAUCCAACGAGUGGUGAAGAUCUUAUAGUUUUA